GUGCAUCAUGAAGGGAGGUGAUAUGAGCAAAUACUUCAUGUACUGGUACCGUCAGGGCCCACGGGGCACUCUGGAAUGGAUUUACAGGGAGGGUGGUAUCUACGGAGAMGAUUUCCAACAUCGAUUUAAGGGAUCAGUGGACACCUCCGAGAACAGAUUCACACUGCGGAUCUGGGCGGUCAAGCAAGGGGACGCUGCAACGUAUUACUGCGCAACAAGUAUCACCCUGGAGCAGCUAUGCAGCAGAGUGGACCAAAAACYGACASAYAGGCAACACAGAUCUCUCAGCUUCUCUUUCUAACACCGGCUCCCCGGGGMCCUUGUCAGGCAAAGGCAKGUGCAGGAAACAUCCCUGUGGCUAAGGCAGCCCAGGAUCCCAGUGACAUUCUUCUCUACAAGGGCCAAUUUCUGGGCGAGUUGCCCACGGCCCCUUUGGCAGAACGCGCUCUCCGUGUGCGCAGCGCUGCUCUGUGCCCGCGGCCCCGGGGCCCGGGUUGGGUGUGCCGGGGGCGGGCAGAGGCGGGGCCGGGCGGCAGCGGCCCGAGCGCGGCUCCGCUCGGCUCCCGGGCGGCUGCGGCGGAGCCGGGGCCGGUCACCAUGUGGGCCGGGUUGGGACCGGGGCUGCUGGCCUUGGCUUUGGCCCUGUGGCCGGCAGGGCUCUGGGCACAGAUGAGGCUGGAGGAGGCUGGCGGAGGGCUGCGAGCGRCCGGGGAUUCCGUGACCCUCUCCUGCCGUGGAUCUGGAUUCAGCUUUCAUUAUUAUGAUAUUCGGUGGUACCGUCAGUCAUUCGGAGGCAUCUUCGAGUGGGUGUCUUGUAUUGGCCCAUAUUCUUCUGUCAAUUAAAGCGGGCCAGCAAUCGAGGGUCGAGCCUUGCUGUCAAAGAACAAUUCCGAGUCCRAGUCAUCCCUGUCCCUGUGGGCCCUGAAGCCCCAGGAUUCUGCCCAGUACUUCCGUGCCACUUCAGUAUCAGAAAAUCCAGCUGUGCUUUAG